GGAAGCUGCUCGGACGCAGCCGGCGCGGGCGGCGGAUGCGUUAACAAAGCGUUCGAUUCGGCCGACGAUGGGUUCCACACCAUCGACCUGAGGACCAACAGGCAUCAUGAGGACAACCAAAACACACCGCGGCCGGAUACUCAGCUUGAAACCGACAGCCCAGAUGGGGCGCAGCCGACAGAGCAGCACAUUCUGCGUUGCGGCUGGGGCAUGUUCCGGUCCUCAUGGCUGCAGCGUUUCAGAACUGCCAAAUGGGCUCUCUUCUGGCUCUGCUGGGCAGGAGCCAUACAGGGCAUGGUGGUGAACGGCUUCGUGAAUGUGGUGAUUACCACAAUAGAGAAGCGGUUCGGCCUGCGAUCCAUGCAGACGGGAGUUAUCGCCGGAGGUUAUGACAUGGCGUCUUUUGCCUGCCUGGCCCCCGUGACGUAUUUAGGUGGGCGCACGGGCGCAUCCAAGCCACGCUGGUUGGGAUGGGGCGUGCUGCUGAUGGGCACGGGGUCAUUACUAUUCGCACUGCCGCAUUUCCUCGUCUCACCGUACAGAGCAGCUGGUGACGAGCCCGACGAUCUCUGUUUUGUGAACCGCACUAUGUCAUCAUCGCGGUGCAAUGACGAGUCGUCAUCGGAGGGCGGCUCGUGGGCCGUGGCUGUGUUCGUGUUCGCUCAAUUGCUACACGGCGCCGGCGCCACGCCAUUAUUCACCCUCGGCGUUACGUACAUCGACGAGAAUGUAUCGAAGAAAAUGUCCUCUGUAUACCUAGGAGUAUACUACACAAUGGCGGUCCUCGGUCCAGCGCUUGGCUUUGUGCUGGGCGGGCAGAUGCUCAACAUCUAUACGGACUUCCUUACUGUCGACUCCGAAACACUAGGCGUAACUCCAGUUAGUUCUGUGUGGAUUGGCGCAUGGUGGGUGGGCUUCAUUCUCUCUGCCGUUCUGUGCCUUAUCGUCGCUAUACCUUUGCUUGCAUUCCCAUACGAACUACCAGGCGCAGCAGAAAUCAGAUCGUCAAAAAUAUCCGAAGCACACGAAGGAUCAGCGUCAAAGGCAGCGGCUUUCAGUGAACUUAAGGAAUUGCCGCGAGCGGCUGCAGCGCUGCUCAAGAACCCUACGUUCCUGUUUUUGAACCUCGCCGGAGCCAGCGAGGGCUUGAUGAUAUCAGGCUUUGCCGCGUUCCUACCAAAACUCAUUGAAAAUCAGUUUGCUGUUAAUGCUUCUGAAGCUGCUUUACUUUUAGCUUCAUGGUGUGUUUUAAAUGUCUUUAGGGGUGGGCGUCUGUUCUCCCUGUGCAACACGGACUGCGCUUGCGUGGACGCAGCGUACGCGCCGGUGUGCGGCGCAGACGGCGUCGUGUACUACUCGCCGUGUCACGCCGGCUGCCAGACGCGCUCGCUGGCCGGCGCCGCACAGCUGUUCCACCAAUGCUCCUGCGUCAACAAGGAGAAUAUUACGUUGCCUAGCUAUAAUGUCGGGGAAGGAACAAAUGCCUCGAUCCCUUACGAAGCUAUCAACAGCGUCUGUCCAUCGGGAUGUCCGUAUCUGUGGCUGUUCGUGGGCCUCUCUUUCUGCGUAAUGCUGUUCACCUUUAUUGCAACCAUGCCGGCACUGUCUGCCACGCUCAGGUGCGUUCGGGAAGACCAGCGCUCGUUCGCCUUGGGCAUCCAGUGGAUCAAAGUCCGUCUCCUAGGGACGAUUCCUGCUCCAUUACUGUUCGGAUUCCUUAUCGAUCUCUCUUGCUCGCUUUGGGACACAAGUUGCAACACGACGGGUGCUUGUCUCUUGUAUGACAACGUUAACAUGGCGAGGUACAUGUUAGCCUUAGCUCUAGUGGGCAAACUGUGUUCAGUAUUAUUCUUCUUCCUCGCAUGGUGGUUCUACCGGCCACCUGGAGGCAAGACCAAUGCUGUGGUACCAUCGGUAGACCUGGUACUAUCGAGUGAGAAAACUAAUGGUAACGGUAUGAGUAACGGAGGAGCCAAUGGAUAUUGUAACGCUGCUCUUGAAUGCAGUGAUCACUUGUAAGACUCGUAUAUUAUUGUAUAAGUAGAUACAUUUUGUACUGACUGUCCGUCUGAAAUAGACUCAGGAUUAGUUGAUACAAAUAGAGCUCAUAAUUGUGUUUAAGCGUUUUUUACCUGAAAGUACGCAUUGCAUAUAGGCUACGUAAGUGUUCAAGACAAUACAUGUUGGAAAUCUAGUUGAACCAAUCGUUACUUCAUCAGUAGUAUAUUUGGGCACAGAUUUUUACAUUCCGUUUGGACCGGUUUUUAUUGAACCAUUACUUUAGGAGAGUGCGCAACAAAAAUAUCAGAGCAUGUUUAAAACUGUCUUUUCAAAGAAACGAAGACUAGGUAUGUAAAUAAAUCCAUUAUGUACCUAAUGUUAACUGAUACCUAACUAUUCAAAAGUUUAAUAGCAGCUAUUUCAGGGACGUAAACAUUUUGUAAAGUUUUUACAAUAUUCAUUCCUGUCACGUAAACACAUUUGUAAAAAAUGUAAACCUUAGAACACAUGAAGUUACGUAGUACAUUCAGAGUCAAGGUUGUCAAAGGGCGCUUUCAAAUUAGACGUUUAAAGAUGCCACAGCACCACUACCGUCUAAUUUGAAAGCACCCUUAAGGUGAUUUUCCACCGGCAGCGGCGAGGCGAGACGAGACGAGGCAAGACGAGACGAGGCGAGACGUGGAUUGAAAUUUGGUAUGACAAAAUUUCAAUUCUCUCCUAGCCCAUCUUCGGUGGAAACGGUCUAGAUUGACGAGGAUGGCCGAGGACAGAAGUGAAAUAUUUGUUGAUGUAAUAUUGAACCGUAUUGCUGCCAACAUAGAGUAUGUAUUAUACUUUUUAACGGAAACACGAUUUCCCGCACGGUCUCCCGCGAGCUAACUACCGCCCCGCGACGGAGCGCGAAGCUCCGUUUUUGGUUGUCAGUUUGUAUGGAAAACACGCGCCGUCGAUCACACUGACAACGCUGCUCCGGUUUUACCGUGCACCCGCGCGGAGGUGCGGCGAACCGCAGGGUAUGGCACACUGCGCACCGCACUACCGCGCAGAUUUUUAAUCAAUUUGUGCCUAUUCCAGUAAUUGUCGUUCGGAUUUUCCUUAACAAAUAAUCAAAGGAUUCAGUUGACA